AUGGCCAACAAGCUCGCCACUUCCCUCCUCGCUGCCUGCUUCGCCGCCGCCGUCCUCCUGGCGCUCGCCGCACCUGCAGUGCUCGCCGGCGACCCCGACAUGCUCCAGGACAUCUGCGUCGCCGACUACAAAUCCCUCCAGGGCCCGCUGCGUGUGAACGGGUUUCCGUGCAAGCCGGAGGCGAACGUGACGGCGGACGACUUCUUCUUCGGCGGUCUAGCAACGGCGGCGGACGUGUACACGGGCAACCCGACGGGGUCGGCGGUGACGGCGGCGGACGUGUCGGCGGUCCCCGGGCUCAACACGCUGCGCGUAUCGAUGGCGCGCACCGACUACGCGCCGUGGGGCGGCGUGUCCGCACCGCACGCGCACCCGCGCGCCACGGAGAUCCUCUUCGUCGCUGAGGGCACCCUGGAGGUGGGCUUCGUGGCCACCGCCGCGGGCGCGGGGGGCGGCGGGCGGCUCUUCACCCGCACCGUGAACAAGGGUGAGGUGUUUGUCUUCCCGCGCGGCCUCCUGCACUUCCAGCGCAGCGUCGGCGCUGCGCCCGCCGUGGCGAUCUCCGCGUUCGACAGCCAGAUGCCCGGCACGCAGGCGGCGGCCGCCGCGCUGUUCGGCGCCGCGCCACCGCUGCCCACCGACGUGCUGGCGCGGGCGUUUCAGACUGACGCCGGGGUCGUGGACGGCAUCAAGUCCAACUUCUCCCCGCCCAAGUAG